UAAGAACACAUUUAUAUUCAAACUUAUUUGAAUGUAUAUACUUUCGGUUGUUCAAAAGAAAAUCCAGAGAGUUGAAUAUGUAAUGUUAAUGUAAUGUUUUUAAACAUUUUUCAUAUAUUUACUUUAAAAAUUUGUAUUUCAAAUGGCAGAUAAGGAACUUUUAGACGAAUUGAAAGUACUCCGACAGAUGCAACUUGAAUUGCAACAACUUUAUACUUUGUUACGAUUAAUGAGAGUUGAUUUAGAAAAAAUUAUAAACAACUUCACUUCGUUAAAUGAUAAAUAAUUUUUAUAUUUCAUAUUUUCAAUAUUACUCAUAAUUUACUUAUUUAUAAUAUUAAUACGUUUGUUAUUAAUAUUUUGGAGAAAUAUAUAAGUAAUAUUUCUUCUAAGUGAAUAUAUAAAAAUAUUUUAAAUAUACAUAUGUGAUCUCUAUUUUAAUAAAUUUGCAAAAUGGAAAAAGAUGAACCAAUGGAAGUAUUAUCUUUAAAUUCUUCAUCAUCUUUGCGAAGAAAAUCAUUUCAAAUACAUAAUGAGUUAGCCUUUAAUUUGCCAGAAAAUAAUGAUGAAGCUGAGAAAUUGGCUAGACGUCUUGAAAUAAAUGCUUCUAUAGCAUCAAUAGAAAAUAUAAACACAAGUAAUAAACGAAAAUCUUUGGGACUUGGUUUUAUAGCUCAAAUGUCAUCAGUUCAAGUAAAAAAUCAUAUAAGUGAAUGUAUAAAACUUAGCACUGAAAACAAAAUUAAUAUAAAAAAUGCAUUUAGCCUUGAAAUGAUUAAUUUUAUGUCUUAUAUGAUAAAAAGAGAAGAUGACAAUAUGUCUAAUCUGCAAACAGCCAGUACAUCUUUAGAUGUAAGCACAAAAAUUUAUGGAUUUCGUGUAGAUGGUAUUCAUACAGAAAUCAUGAAGAUGCUAGGAGCAUCAGAUAAACAAGAUAAUAAUCCAAUUGAUAAUACAAAUGAAUAUUUAAAUAAUGAGCAAGAAAAUCAAGUAAAUAAUUUUCAAAAACAGAAAAAAAACAAAAAAAAAAACAGACUGAUUUUUGGUACAGCAGAUAGUUUGAAAGGAACUGUAGAAAUGAUGAAACCUUCAUUGUGGAUGAUGGAAGAUAAAGAUUUACAAACUACAGAUGGAUUAUAUCAAGUAAUAUUGUCAAAUCAUGCAAAUUCAAAAUAUUAUUUACAUUUAUACAAUGAUGUUAUUGUGGAUAUUGCAAAACAUGAAACAAGUAGUGAAAACACAAAAAUAGCCAUUUCAAAGAUAGAAGAUUUUUCUAAGUCAGAAAUAUGUCCACCUCUGACUAAUUUUAAAUUUCAGAAUGAUAAUGAUGAAAAAAAAGAAGAAGAAAAAAAUGAAAAUGAAAAUACAAACGAAACUAAUGAAAACCAAUUUCAAUUUAAUUUAAAUGCUACUGUACAAUCUGAUGAUGAAAUAAUCCAUGAUAAUAUAAAUUAUUUAGAUAUUCAAGAUGGAAUGGAAAAUACAGACAUACAUAUUGAGAUACAAAAACCAGUGGAAAAAAUUGUAGACUUAUGUAAAGUUUUAUCUAAUAUUGAUACAAAUAAAACGUCCGAAUAUUCUUUUCUUCAGAAAAGUUCUAAUUUACAUUGGGCUGGUCCUUCUCAUUGGAGAAUGAGUAAUUUCACAAAAUAUUCUAAAGAAGGAAAAAUUAUAGCAGCCUGUGCACAAGAGCCAAUUAAAAAAAGAAAAGAAAUAGAGAUAUGCUAUGAUGAUAACAUUAAAAAAGCAGUAAUACCAAAAUUUGCAAUAAGUAAAGCUAUAAAAUUUGAUAGUAACAAAUUAGAUUGGUCAGAAGGAAGACUGACAUUACCACGAGAUAUGCAUUAUAAUAUUGCAAAUGCAGUUAAAUUAUAUCUACAUAAAUUAAUACAUAUAAAUAUUAGAAAUAAGGAUGAUUUAAAUAUUACUCAUAUAUCUGAUAUAGAGAAUUAUAAUUAUGAUAAUGAAAAUGACACAUCAAAUUAUUGUCCUUAUGUUCUUAAAAAUGGUUAUGAGAUAAAUGAAGACAAUAAUAAAAAUGAACAUAAUCAUGAAAUUGAAAAUGACGAAAUUGAAACACAAAUGGCUUUUGCUGGAGAUAAUUUAGUAGCUGUUCCUAAAUUAACAAAUAAAAUAUCUAUUGCAUAUAGUAUAUAUGCCAAAAGAAUAGAUAUGGGACAAUUAAAAAAAUCUAUUUGGAAAAGCCUAACUGUGAAUAAUAAUAAAGAAAAAAAUCAAGAAGAAAAUAAAAUUAAAGGAAAUCAGUCGUUUAGUGAAAUUUACAAAACAUUACCUAAUAUAUUAACAAAAACUAAUAUAGAAGCUUUAAGUUUUCCUAUUUCUUUUGUAUCUUUGUUACAUUUAGCAAAUGAAAAGACAUUAAAAAUACAAUCUCUUCCAGAUAUGUCUGACCUUCUUAUAGAAACAUAAUUUUAUACAUGUAAAUAAGUCUCUUUUACAUAUUCAAAAAUU